AUGGAGUUCGAGCGUCAGGAGAACACAUCUCUGCCUCGGGCAUCGAUUCAAGCGAUUGGCGCGCUCUCUGUCGCGACGGAUGACCUUCCGAAGAAGCACAUAGACUACCCGACCCGCGAACCAGGAAAGUAUCCCCUACGUGCCGAUGAGGAAAGCAAAAUAGGAUACGCUAGCUAUGAUAGCGAGAAACCUUCGGAAGGUGCAGAUGUGAGCUGUACAAAUGAGUCGUCGGGAGACGCCGAACAUGCAAGUGACCGCCCAGCAGAGAGCAAUGCUGACAAGACAGCUUCGGAAGUAAAGAGUGCUAAUGCAGGAGAAGGUUUUGCAAGUGACCGAGUGCCGGACUCUAGGGAAGGCGAAAAGCUGAAGGGAAAGAGGCUAAAUUCCGAUCUUCAGCCAACAACUGCUGUUGACUCGUCGCAUGCGGACGGUCUAACAAAUUUCCCUUUGGUACAAGAGCAGGAGGUAGCUAAAAACGAACCCCCAACAACACCUGGCCCGCCAAAAGGCACCGAUUCUAUCGGCCUAGCUGCUCGGGAAGUUUCACAGGCCUCUCAUGGUGGCGAAAAGGAAGAUUUAAAACCAGACGGCUCGGCGUAUAUGGAGGUAGCAGGGUCUGGAGAUGCUCCAAUUACACCUACACCAAAUUCUACACCGUUAAAGAAUAUACCUAAGCCUGCGGGUUCUAUAGGAACGGAUGAUACCAGAUUAAUGGCAUCGGACAUGGAGCAAGGGCAAGACCAACAAGAACUUUUGAAUAGGUUGCAGCGCCCAUCCAUGUCAUAUGGACCUAACACGAGGCGCCGCAGCAGUUUAAUUCUAAAAGAGCAUGACAGCAAGACCCCGGAUAUACGAGCCGCGUCUACUCUUCAGACUACAGAGUUAAAAUUGGAGUUACCAGAAAAUCUAGAUCAUGAAGAUUUUUCGAAGCUAUUUAAGCUAGAUGCCAAGAACGAUGAUGAUUUGUUUUCAGCAGAAGAUCUUUUAGCUCAUGGAAUCGGAUCUCAACGGCGUUCCUCAGAAGAUGAUGCCGCGGCUACCAGGCAUAAGCUUGAUAUAGAACAAUCGCCGCGUGGAUCAGUCUCUCUUACACCUGAAAUUCUGGAUAACAAGCAUAUGUGUACCAAAACUGAAGACACGAACACGAGCAACGAAGAAGGCCUAUCUCCAAGGCAGCAUGUCGCAGCCAAGAAAACUGGUGAUUCAUCGCAGCAGCUGAGUAUUUCUAAUAAUUCAAUGGCCAAUCCACACACAGUCAAAAGCAGCACACAUGAUGGUUCUGUGAAAUUUAAUUAUACCACACAUUUGGAAAACACACCAGCAUCAAUUAUCCAAGGUAAGAACCAUCUGUUUUAUGCUCGAAGACAUAACUCAUUAACUCCAAUGGUCUCGCAACCAACCAACAAGCAUUCUCCUGCAACCUUUAAACCAUCGCCGGAAUCUGAACGCCAGACGAGUACAGACAUAAAUGCAGGUAAUCAUACGGAACACUCAGAUGGGCAUAUUCUUCCAGCAGGUCAGUUUAUGACGUCAUCCCAUGGUUCGAAUCUUGCUGAAGAACAAUCUAAAAUAUCUGCAUAUGCAUGUCUUGACUUUCAAAACUUCACCUUUUAUGUCCAGACCCUUCAAGUUAUUAUCGGUAGGCGAUCAGAAAAUGACUUUGCUCAUAAAGUGGACGUUAACUUAGGUCCGUCAAAAUCUAUAUCCAGGAGACAUGCGAAAAUAUUCUACAAUUUUGGGACAGAAAGAUUUGAACUGUCGAUAAUGGGGAAAAAUGGUGCCUUUGUCGAUGACACGUUUGUAGAACGUGGGAUUACUGUACCUUUAAGGAACAAAAGCAAAAUUCAAAUUGGUCAAAUACCGUUUCAAUUUGUCUUACCUGAACAGGAGGGCAAAGAAAAGCAUGUAAUACCCUCGAAAAUCAAGGAUACACCAACUGUUAAAACAGAAUCUGUAAAGGAUCCGCUUGACAGUCAGAUCAAGGCGCCAGAUAUUAGCGUCACUUCAAAAAAGAAGGAAAAGAAGCCUUCAAAACCACCAAAACCUCCCAAAAAGGUAUAUUCAUUAGAAGAAAUACCGCCAGAAUAUCGUACUAAGCCGACGUGUUCUUAUUCUAAUUUGAUUACGACAUGUUUGCGAAAGUAUUCUUCUCCUAAAGGCAUGUCUCUGUCAGAGAUAUAUGCCGGUAUUAGGGAACUGUAUCCAUAUUAUAAAUACUGCCCUGACGGGUGGCAAAGUUCGGUGAGACAUAACUUGUCAUUGAAUAAAUCCUUCCGAAAGGUUUCCAAGGAAGGGAAAGGAUGGUUAUGGGGGUUAGACGAGGAAUAUAUUGCAGAACGUGAGAAGCAGAGGAAAAAGCAAGCCGAAGCACAAGCUGCCAAGGCAAAGGCUGCGGAACUAAAACAAUUACAGUUACAAGCCAGAAAACAAGCAACUGUGUCCAAUAAUUUAGCAUCGUUUACCAAACAGCCUAAUAUUUCACAAACCCUUGCGGCUAACCGGUCAGAAAAGCGUAUAUUACAAGAUGAUAAUCAGCGCACCAUGAAAUAUCUACAGCAGCAACUUAUAUUACUCACCAAGGACCGCAAAGGUCUAGAAAAGCCUGUUAUGGCUCAGAUUUUAACACAGGCUUUGGCUAUGACUAUCAACCAGGUUACACAGGCUGCGAAGAAUAAGGGAAUCACGGGUAAUCCACUUACAGCGCUAAUCGAUAAGAAUCCGCAGCACCUAAACCUGAUUUUGACAGCUGCUGUCAAUGCUGCUACAGUAAAAGUUACAGACGGAAAAGUGAAAAAGCUCGUCAAUAUGUCCCCUGUGAGUCAAGUUUCUGCUCAAAAUCCAGCAUUGAUUGCGAAGCAGGGUUCUUCGAAAAGGGCUUCUCCGCCGGCACUUCGUAACAUUCUCCAAAAGCCGCCGACGCCAAGCAUUGCAAACCCUACGAGCUCAUCCACGCUAAAAGCUGGUGAACCGUUUGAUCCCACAUCUCUAUCAAAGUUCUUCCAACCUAAGCAGCCCGUCAGGCUCUCUGUGGCGGGCACCCCAGGCCAUGCGGGCUCGCGUUCUAACAAUGGCAAUCUUUUACCUCGGAAACGGUCGGCCAGUGACACAGAAUCAAGUGACGAUGACAGUGACACUAGCGUCAAUGAAGAUUCUAGCGACGAGGAUUCAGGGGAUUCAAGCGAUGACAACACGGGUUCUUCUGACUCUGGCACUGCAGGUGAUGACACUAGUAGUAGCUCUACGAGUGACAAUGGAGAUGACGACGACGACGAUGACGACGACGACGACGACGAUGACGACGACGAUGACGACGACGAUGAUGACGACGACGACGACGACGAAGACGACGACGACGACGACGAAGACGACGACGACGAUGACCAAUCCAGUAAUAUCACCGACUAG